AUGUUCCUCUUCCUCCUCUCUUCCUCUCCCCUUCCUCCUCUCCCCUUCCUCCUCUCUUCCUCUCCCCUUCCUCCUCUCUUCCUCUCCCCUUCCUCCUCUCUUCCUCUCCCCUUCCUCCUCUCUUCCUCUCCCCUUCCUCCUCUCUUCCUCUCCCCUUCCUCCUCUCUUCCUCUCCCCUUCCUCCUCUCUUCCUCUCCCCUUCCUCCUCUCUUCCUCUCCCCUUCCUCCUCUCUUCCUUCACCUCCCUCCCUCUUUCCUCCCAGCAACCUGCGCAACAACCAGCUGACAGGCCCCCUACUGCAGCCCAUCCCAUCAACAGUCACCGUCUACAAUCUCGACCUCAGCUACUUCUCCUCAGGCUUCUCCUCCCCGCCCAACUGCUCCCAAGGCACCAUCUUCUUCCGCUUCAACUGCCUUCCAACCCCCACUGGCGGCUACUCCUGCCCCACGCCUGCCACGCCCUCUGCUGCGGAUGAAGCGGUUCAGCGGCCGGAGGAGCUCUGUGGUGUGUUUUGUGGCAUGACUGCAGGCGAUCCUCCAUGCGGCGGGCAUGGCUUGUGCUAUGUGGACGGGCCCAACAGAGUGCCCACGUGUGACUGCGAGUCUGGGUUUGUCAACGGGGAGCUGCCUGGAAGCUGCGUCCCUGAAGGAAGCGACGGCUGGGCGUACGCGGUGGUGGGCAGCGUGGAAAUGGCCUACAGCAUUCUCUUCAACCUCUCCGCCGUGCCGCUCCUCUCUGUCUCCCAGCUGCGCAACGCCCUCGGCGCCUCAUGCACGCAGGGCAACUCGCCCUCGCAGGCCUUCCAGUACCUCGUCACUCUCAACGCCAAGAGCAAAGCAGGGCUCGCGGAGGCUGGAGCGGUGGUAAGAGGGAGCGGGGGCAAGAAGAGAGGCAGCCAGAGCCCGCUCUGUGGCAUGCCUGUCUUUGCUCUGCUCGUGCAAGUGCUUGGGAUCCCCUGCGGCAAAGGCCGGGCCCCCGGAACGGUAUGCUGCUUUUCUUACCUUGAUGAUUCCCUUUGUUUGCCGUUAGGCGGUUUGAUGUGGGUUUUGUCUCGCAAAGGCCACACCCCCGGAUCUGCAAUUAUUCCUUUCGCCUUACGCGGACCCUUCCUGCUUCACGUACAACCUGAACCACGUGGUGCUGCUGGGGGGUAUCGCCUCACCGGCUCAGACCCGACCUUCCCGCACAUGGCGCCGCCCUUCUGGAUCAUCCGCAACUCAUGGGGCCCGGAGUGGGGCGACGGCGGGCACAUGCGGAUGGACAUCCAGGGGGGCGACGGCGUGUGUGGGAUCAACACGCUGCCUGGGUUCUACCCGGUGGUGCGCGCUGCCAGGGACCCCUGCAACGUCAACGGCACCAGCAGUAGGGUGUUUGGGCCGCUCUUCAACCCCUGUGGCAACUUCACGUGCACGCCCACGUCUGAUGGGGCCAGCAACCGGUGUGAUUGCAACGACCCGCGAUUCGUGGAGGUGCUUCAACCGGACAACUUGCGUACCUGUGCUUACAGAUCUGGACACAAUCUCCCCGUUGCCUCACCCACCAACCUCACAUUGCUCCCCCAUCCCAUCCCGCCCUAUCUGCCCACCCCCGGUCCCCUCCAGGGUCUGAGCUGCAGCACUCCUCUCGUGGUCGGAACGGUGGUGAACGUGGUCCAGCCAACCGACCUCACGCCCUACUCCGUCUACUACACCACGUCCCAGUUACCUCCUACCCUUCCCGCCCUCCCUGCUCUCCUAUCGUUCUCCCAUCUGGGUGCACGUGUGCAUCACUGGAAGCUUACAUCCCUCGCUCUCCACAGCCUGCCUGCCCUAACCAAGAUCCUUCUGCCUUUCCGCUUGUUCCCCUCUCCUGGCCUCUUUGCAUCCUUCUCUUUCAUCCUUCUCUCUCAUCUUGCACACUCCCCCCCAUUCUCCCCACCUCUCCUUUUCUCGCUCCCAUCCUCCCAGGGUGACACAUGUGAGUCGCUAGCCACCUACUUCUCCCUCACCGCUGGCUGUCCAACUCCCACUGAGCCCUGCGCAGCAGCCUUUCAAGCGCUCAACCCUGGGCUGGACUGCUCCAGCAGCAGUGGGGAGCUGCCGGGCAGCCAGGCGGUAUGUGUGGAGCGGCGGGCGGAGAGUGCAGCGGCGCUGCUCAUCCCGGUGUGCUCGCACUUCUAUCUGGUGCAGGCCGCGGAGACGUGCGACCAGAUCCGCUCCGUCCUUCGCUAG